GUUUUAUAACAUCCAUUGAAGAACUUACCCUGAGCCACUAUAACAAUGUCAACGGUUUGACAGCUUUAACCAGGUCUCUGCGUGUUUAUUUUUUCCAGAGAUGUUGUCAUGGAUCGCGGCAUUGCUGACAGGAAUCCUCACCGCGCAUCUCGCACAGCGCCUGUGUUUUCCAUACUUCUGGAAAGACGCUCUUUAUUUAAUGAAAGUCAUACGAUACGGAGCGCGUCUGGAAAUUUACAAAAGGACCUCACUGAUCGUAACGAUCGUAGACCGGUUUGUUCAACAAGCACAGCGGUUUCCUGAAAAACCGUUUGUGAUUUUUGAAGGAGUGACGUACACUUAUGGAGACCUCGAGGCGCGCAGCAACAGGGUCGCGCGCUUGUUUCAAGACACGGUGAAAAAAGGAGACACGGUCGCGCUCCUCAUGAACAACGAGCCCGAUUUCAUCUCGGUCUGGUUCGGGUUCUGUAAACUGGGCUGUGCUUUGGCGUUUCUCAACACAAACAUCAAAUCCAGGUCGCUGCUACACUGUUUUAACUGCUGUGGGGCCAAACAACUGGUGGUCGGAGCAGAUCUUCUGGACAAUUUAGAGGACAUUCUUCCCAGUCUCCAGGAGGACAAUAUCACAGUUUGGUCUUUGGGUCAUGGAAAUUCUCAUCCUGGGGUCCACAGCCUGCUAGAUAAAAUUGAGAAAUCUUCACAGGAGCCAAUUGCAGCUAAGCGCAGGUCCAUCUCCUGUCUCAAAACCCCCACUCUCUACAUCUUCACUUCAGGCACAACUGGGCUACCCAAAGCUGCAGUCAUCACUCAUUUGCAGUCCCUGAAGGCAGCAGGUGGAUUUUGGGCAUAUGGCGGUACAGAAAAGGAUGUAAUCUAUACCCCACUUCCCUUGUAUCACAGUGCUGCCUCACUUGUAGGCAUUGGAGGGACCAUUGAAUUAGGUGCCACUUGUAUUCUAAAGAAGAAGUUUUCUGCCUCUCAGUUCUGGAAUGACUGCAGGAAAUACAACGUCACCAUUUUUCAGUACAUAGGAGAGCUGUGCCGAUAUCUGUGCAAUCAGCCUAUGGGUGAAAAUGAGAAGGAUCACAAGGUGCACAUGGGUGUUGGGAACGGACUCCGGCAGGACGUAUGGAGAGAAUUCCUUCAGCGUUUCGGGGAGAUCCGCAUGUGUGAGAUAUAUGGCUCUACUGAGGGAAACCUGUGCUUCAUGAACCAUAUUGGCAAAAUUGGAGCGGUUGGACGUUCCAAUUUCUUUUACAAGCUGAUUUUUAAGUAUGACCUGGUGAAGUAUGACCUGCUUAGAGAUGAACCUGUGAGAGACCAUAAUGGAUUCUGCCAACGUGUUCAAAAAGGUGAGACGGGACUGCUGUUGUCUAAAAUCUGCAGCCAGAGUCCAUUUUUUGGUUAUGCGGGAAGCAAACAGCUGACUGAGAAGAAGAUUCUGCGAGAUGUGUUUGUCAAAGGAGAUGCUUACUUCAACACUGGUGACCUGAUGGCUGAGGAUGA